UCAACCCGCCAUCUCAAUUCUCAAACAAACGUGGAGUAUCAGAAUCAAAUCAAACCUUCAAAAACAAACGUUGAUGGCUUAAUACCAUUUCAAUCAAUCCUAAUCUCUCUCCUUUGACUUCCAUCUCCGAUGCGUUGACCACCACUUCUUCUCACCCCAUGAAACCCACACCACUCUCUCUCCUCUUCCUCCUCUCAUUCUCUCUCCUCCUCCACCACCACCACCGACCACCAUACGCCGUCGUUUCCGCCGCUUCCGAUAUCGGCGAAUCUUCCUUCAUCUCAUUCUUAAUCUCGAAAAAUGGUUUAAAUUUCCUCAAAGAUUUGCUGAUUUCUAAAGCAAUUUCUACUCUUACACCUCUACAUAUCCCCUACAUUGAUCAAUCAGUCCAAAUUCCGUUUAUUGGUAAUGUAUUUGUUGAAUUGUCUAAUAUUUCUCUUCACCAAAUUAGGGUUUCUGAUUCUUAUGUUACGCCUGGUGAUUCCGGUGUCGCGUUUAUCGUGUCCGGUGCUACUGCUAAUAUGAGCUUGGAUUGGUAUUACUCUUAUGCUGCUGGUUGGUUAUUUCCGUUUCAGUUUUCUGAUCAUGGGGUUGCUUCUAUUCAGGUUCAAGGAAUGCAAGUGGGCCUCACUUUGUAUUUGGAAAUCCAAGAAGGAAGGCUGAAACUAUCUCUCAUUGAAUGUGGUUGCUUUGUUGGAGAUCUGUCUAUUGAAUUGGACGGGGGAGCAUCCUGGCUUUAUCAAGGGAUUGUAGAUGUUUUUGCUGAAAAAAUUGAGUCUGCAGUGGAGGAAGCUAUCACUAAGAAUCUUGAAGGAGCAAUUUUGAAGCUUGCUUCGUUCCUUGAGAGCUUACCCAAACAGAUGCCAGUUGAUGAUAUUGCGUCCUUAAACGUCACUUUUGUAAAUGGUAUUUCACUGAGUAAUUCUUCAAUUGGAUUUGAGAUCGAUGGUUUAUUCAGUCGAAGAGAUCAGGCAUGGAAAUAUGGAUUCUACAGGGACCUUUUAUUUCAUAGAAAGGAUCUAUACUCCUCAAGAGAUCAAAAGAGAAAAUUGAAUUUAUAUGAGGAGCAUUUGCAAGCUUUAUCUUGUCGUGAUUCAUCAAAAAUGAUAGGAAUUUCAAUAGAUGAAUCUGUUUUUCACUCAGCAUCCACCUUGUACUUUGAGAUGAUUAUUUGUGGUCAGGCAGGUUACUUGCAAUGGAUUGUGGAUAAAAUACCAGAUCAGGCUCUCCUGAACACGAAGGGUUGGAGGUUUAUCAUUCCUCAGCUUUAUAAGAAGUACCCGAAAGAUGAUAUGAAUUUGAAUGUGUCUCUUGCUUCUCCUCCAGUCCUGAAGAUUUCCCGCCAAAACAUUGACAUUACUGCUAACGUGGACUUAAUAAUUGAUGUCUUAGAAGGUGGGCAAAUAAUACCAGUUGCAUGCAUUUUCCUGGAAAUUCAUGCUUCUGGCUCUGUGGCAAUAAGAGGUAAUAAUCUUGGGGGAAAGGUAAAAUUGGAUGAUUUCCAAAUGACGUUAAAAUGGAGCAAGAUUGGUAACUUGAAGAUGUUCUUGAUCCAGCCUGUUAUACGGACAGUGAUUGAAACAGUUUUCGUGCCAUAUGCCAAUGCACGACUCUGGAAAGGGUUGGCUUUGCCCAUGAUACAUGGUUUCACCCUUGAUAAUGCCAAAACAAACUACCUGGAUUCCAGUGUCAAUGUUUGCAGCGAUGUAGUAUAUUCAGAGUUGGAUGAUCAUGCUCAGACUUUGAUACAGAGAUCAUAGACAUUUGUGAUUUGUGUCAUCUCAGUGAGUGGAUAAUUGCUUCAAUGUCUUGGGCUCAAGCUGCAUGCAAUUAAAUCAUGUAUACCGUCAUUUUGGAGCCUCGCACACCAAGUAAUCUAAUACUGCUUGUAAAAUAGAGGCAGCUUAGCUCUUCGUACAAUUGUAUAUAUGAGUAUGACUGAGCUCAGCUAGUGUCUGUUAAUUUUUUUUUUUUCUGCAUUCUGUAAAUUAUACAUAAACGUUGUUCUCACGAAACAAUUUGGCAAGUUAAUUGUUCACACUAAAAGUAUGUAACAAGUAGUUUAUCAAUUCUACAGUGAACUGUAUGAAUUAUGCAAUUUUUGGGGGUUGAUAUGUUCAUCAGAAUUAUGCUUUUAAUUA